UCGUCCGUCGUGAGGCCUUUACAGUAGUAAGUUAAGGAGUGCUGUUUGGCGGAUUCCUUCAAGUUUUUACCUUAUUUUAUGUCUGAAUUUUGUAAAAUUAAGAAAGUGCCAAUUGUUCGUUUCCAUAACUAGUCAGCUAGCUAAUUAUUUUAUCUAUCGAUAUAGGUACAGAAGAGGGUUUGGGGUGUGGUACACAGUAGGAAGGCAUCUUCGGCGAGCGGAGCGUCCGAAUCAGAGAUUUUAUAAUGCCGACGUUGCGGGACAGUAGCAUGUCUCACCCCGGCGAGAACCCUUACCAAGUCCGGGUAAAAGCUUACUACAAAGGGGACAUCAUGAUCACCCACUUUGAGCCGUCCAUCUCCUACGAGGAGCUGUACGGGGAGGUAAAAGACAUGUGCUGCAUGGACAACGACCAGCUCUUCACCAUGAAGUGGAUCGACGAAGAAGGUGACCCUUGUACAGUAUCGUCUCAGCUGGAGCUGGUGGAAGCCCUGAGGCUCUACGAAGUCAACAAAGACUCUGAACUCAUCAUCCACGUGUUUCCAUGUAUCCCAGAGAAGCCUGGCAUGCCCUGUCCAGGAGAAGACAAGUCUAUAUAUCGUCGUGGUGCGCGGCGCUGGAGGAAACUCUACUAUGCUAGUGGUCAUGUCUUCCAGCCCAAACGGUUCAACAGGAGAGCUCACUGUGCCAUCUGCACAGACCGUAUCUGGGGUCUGGGGAGACAGGGCUACAAAUGCAUCAACUGCAAACUGCUGGUCCACAAGAAGUGUCACAAACUGGUCAGCGUGGAGUGUGGUAAACAGAUCCAGGAGCCCAUCAUGGGGCCUGAUAGGGGGGCCUCCAUCACACCAUUAGACCACUCUGGACAGCCAGGUCCUCAGAACAAAGACUCCAGUGAGAGUCUGAACUCCGAUGGAGAAGAGAAAGAGGCGCGCUGCAGCAGAGACACGGGGAAGUCGGCUUCCAGUCUGGGUCUGGUGGACUUUGAUCUGCUGAGCGUGAUUGGCCGGGGCAGCUAUGCCAAGGUCCUGCUGGUCCGACUCAAGAAGACAGAGAGGAUCUACGCCAUGAAGGUGGUUAAGAAGGAGCUGGUCAACGACGACGAGGACAUUGACUGGGUCCAGACAGAGAAGCACGUGUUUGAGCAGGCGUCCAACCACCCCUUCCUAGUGGGGCUUCACUCCUGUUUCCAGACUGAGAGCAGACUGUUCUUUAUCAUAGAGUAUGUGAACGGAGGAGAUCUGAUGUUCCACAUGCAGAGACAGAGGAAAAUCCCUGAGGAACACGCCAGGUUUUACUCCGCAGAGAUCAGCUUGGCGUUGAACUACCUCCACGAGAGAGGCAUCAUCUACAGAGACCUCAAACUGGACAACGUGCUGCUGGAGUCGGAGGGACACAUUAAACUCACUGACUACGGCAUGUGCAAGGAGGGCUUGAGGCCAGGGGACACCACCAGUACGUUCUGUGGGACCCCCAACUACAUCGCCCCUGAGAUACUGAGAGGAGAGGACUAUGGUUUCAGCGUGGACUGGUGGGCUCUGGGGGUGCUGAUGUUUGAAAUGAUGGCUGGGCGGUCGCCCUUCGACAUUGUAGGAAGCACCGACAACCCAGACCAGAACACAGAAGACUACCUAUUCCAAGUAAUAUUGGAAAAACAGAUCAGGAUUCCUCGAUCGUUGUCAGUCAAAGCUGCCAGCGUCCUCAAGGGCUUUCUCAACAAGGAACCUAAGGAGAGGCUAGGUUGUCACCCCCAGACGGGCUUCGCUGACAUCAUGGGUCAUCCCUUCUUCCGAAACGUAGACUGGGACCUUAUGGAACAAAAGCAGGUGGCUCCUCCAUUCAAACCCAACAUCUCAGGAGAGUUUGGACUGGACAGCUUCGACACCCAGUUUACCAACGAGCCUAUCCAGCUCACGCCUGAUGACGAUGACGCGGUGAAGAAAAUCGACCAGUCGGAGUUCGAAGGGUUCGAGUACAUCAACCCUCUGCUGAUGUCGGCCGAGGAGUGUGUGUGAACUAGGGAGUGUGUGGGAGUGGACACAGCGCGCCACCUCGUGUCCUCGACGACGUCACUAGUUAGCUCUGCAUGGUUACCAGACUACCCGGUGAUGACAUCAUCAAAGAGCGUCCUGCUGUUGAAUAGAGAGAGGCGGAGAGCCGCCGGGCCUCUCAGACGAGAGACACUAACUUGCCAAACCAAUCUCACAUAGUGUGUCACAAAUGGCACCUUAUCCUUGACGUGUAGUGCACUAGGGAAUGGGGUGCCAUUUUGGACGAACGUCACUGUCCUUUUUUUUUUUUUUAACCACUAGUCUUUUAAAACUACUUUCUCUCUCAAUUAUUUUUGUAUUCAUGUACCAAAUCCGCACUGAUUUCCUCGUUGGUCAUCAGAGUGCAGGCUCUCAGUAGCCAAUGAGGCUUGGAGGUUGGUUACCUAGGUUACUGGACACAAAGGGAGGGGGGACACAGACGGUCCACAGAGAACAAACUAACCAUCCUCUCUUCUUCCCAGCUUGGAGGUGGUUAAUGCAUAUUUUAUUUGUACAUAAUAAGAAUGAUGUUUAGCCAAGGCCUUUUAACCCCAAGCCAGAUCACCAGGGAACAUAGUUGAAAAUGGUUUUAUGUUCACUACAUGUAUCAUGAUGAGCAUUGUUGCAGCACCAUGUUUGUAGAGGACUGAAGAAGAACAAGUGGAAAACAGCAUUUAAAAAAAAAAACACAAAAAAACACCAAUCUAUAUAUUUUUCUCAUUUUAUUUAAUGAAAUGGCAGUCUAUGUACGCUGGUCAAUGUCCCCAAAGUGUUACGCCGUCGUCAAGCCCGUUGGCUCACUUAUUGUUUACGUUUUGCAGUAGUCGUCGUGGCAACUUCCAGGACAGAGACGGUUCCAAGUUAAAGCGAUUGCCGUCUCAGCAGCCAACCAACACUAACUAACGUAGAUACUGACAAAAGGCACAUGUCAAAUGGCAUCCUAUACUAUAUAAAGAGCGCAACAAAAGUACUCUACGAUAACACUGCAAGAUUUAGAGUUAGGGUGCUGUUAUGGAUACUACCACACUGUGAAUGAAAGAAUUUACUGUGAGGAGAAGAUUUGGAUACGAGUGGGCUGGACCACUAGCUGAGUUUAGUGAUAUGUCCCAAAUGGCACACUAUGCCCUAUCUAGCGCACUACGUUUGGUCAUAGCCCUAUGUGCCCUGGUCAAAACUAGUGCACAAUUAUUAUUAUUUUUUUAACCUUUAUUUAACUAGGCAAGUCAGUUAAGAACAAAUUCUUAUUUACAAUGACGGCCUAGGAAUAGUGGGUUAACUGCCUGUUCAGGGGCCGAACGACAGAUUUCUACCUUGUCAGCUCAGGGAUUCGAUCUUGCAGCCUUUCGGUUACUAGUCCAACGCUCUCACUAGUUAGCUCUGCAUGGUUACCAGACAACCCGGUGAUGACAUCAUCAAAGAGCGUCCUGCUGUUGAAUAGAGAGAGGCGAAGGGCCGCCGGGGCCUCUCAGACGACAAUAGACACUAACUUGCCAAACCAAUCUCACAUAGUGUGUAUGCUUCACAAAUGGCACCUUAUACUCUACGUGGAGUGCACUAGGGAAUGGGGUGCCAUUUUGGGACGAAAGUCAUUCUUGCCAUUUGGGACACAACCUAGUAGUUUAUGCAAUCUGUCGUUGACAAAGAACCAAAACAAUAUUUUCUAAAGGAGGAAGAAAAGUUGUUAAAUAUGUAUUUUCCUUUACAGUGGUACAGUAUAUACACACACAGUAGGAAAAGCUGGUGUCCUAAUAUUAGCUAAUAUUAUAUUAUUAGCUCAUAUUAUACCUAAUAUUAUAUUAAAGUUUGUAGUUUUCCCUCUCUGUUCAUUUUUAAAAUAGAAUGCCUUUCUGAAACUCUUUUGUUUAUAUAUCUGUUUUCACAAUAUUAAAAAAAAAAAAGUUUCUUUAGUUUUCUCUAGUCCAUGUCUGUGAAUCAGUUUGAAUAUGAAUGAUAAGGAUGGAGUCUGACCGUCGAUCUCCUGGACCACUUCUGACCUCCAGAUGACGCUCUUGAAAGAGAUUUUCAUCAAAUUGAAUAAGAAACACUAUCAAAGCAUUUAACAGCUUCAAUUUAUAUUCCAAGUUCUAAAAAAAAUAGUUCAGUCUCAAAUGGCACCCUAUGCCCUAUAUAGCACACUACUUUAGAUCAGAGCUCUAUGGGCCCUGGUGGAAAAAAACAAGUGCACUAAAAUAGGGAAUAGGGUGCCAUUUAGGGUGAUGAUUGGGAUGCUACCAAAGUGUUUUAAAGUGGUGCCAAGUGGUGAUUGGAGAAACAAACAACUCUUCAGAAUUUUUAUCAUGUUACUUUAUAUUGCAAUGUAUUUUUGUUACUUAAAAAUAAAAAAAUAUAUUUAAAAAAG